AGCUUCAGAUGAAGGCUGAUGAGACUUCUGCCUCUUAUCUGAGUCGUGUGCAGGAAUAUGCAACAGCCUUGGCCAAUAUUGGUGAGCCCUUUAAAGACAAAGAUAUAGUAAUGCUUACACUUGCUGGUCUACGAGAUGAAUAUAGCGGACUUAAAGCCAAUUUACUUGCUCGUUCACCACCUGUUGCCUUUACUGAAUUACACGGCCUGCUGAGUGAUCAUGAGUUCAUGAUGACUCGACAUACACCAGCCAUUCCUACUGCCUUCACAGCCUCCACUUUCUCAGCCCCACCUACGGCCAACAGCACUGCUGGCCUUCUCCCCAACCCGGCACCACCACAGAAUCAACUGGCUACUUUACAACAAUUGGCUGCUCAGCUAGGGUAUAACAUCAGCCCUGCUUUUACCCAAAACCAACAGCCGCAGGCCUUCUUUACCAACCGUCAACCAACCAAUUAUCGCGGUAACCGUCGUGGUAAUUCUCGUGGCAACUAUCGUGGUAAUUAUAACAGGAACCGUGAUGAGUCUCAAACAUCUGGUGCCCAGAACCGUCAACCACAGUUUGCUUGGGCCUCUACUCAGAACACCGUGUAUGGUCAUUGUAACCGGUGUGGUAUUGGCCACAUUCCUGCACAAUGUCCUAACAAGGCUGGUCAAUCUUCCACACGCGACUCGCCCCAAGCAAAUUAUGCAGCCUUUUCUGAAGCUGGGUCUACAACUGGUUCACUCUGGAAACCUGACACAGGAGCAAAUGGUCAUGCUACACCCGACCUUGCAAGUUUGGACAACUCUGAGGCCUAUCUUGGUAACAAUUUCCUUCAUGUUGGCGAUGGACGAGUCUACACAUACCAUCCUACUCACGGGCCCAAGUGAACAAGGUCUCUACUCACUUUAUCUUCCAAAAUUGAAGUCCCUUCCACAUGUUUCCUUCACAGCAACUAAAGCUCCGUCAGCGAUCUGGCAUCAACGCCUCGGCCAUCCCAAUGCUCGAGUUUUUCAAUCUAUAAUG